GCUAAAUUUGAAUUUACACCUUGUGUAAAUUCGUUCAUAGAAAAUUUGCUGUUUUACUAAUUUGAAUGAAAACUUUACCUAAAUUGAUUUUUGCUAGUUUCAGAAUUUGAAAGCUAAAUAUAGCAAUCAAAUUAAGUCCCUGAAAUCAUAACAUUUUGAUUAAAGAUAAUACUGCCACACUAUUAGUGGAUAGUUUUUCAUCACAUCACUGAAAAAUCAUUGAUUUGUGACCUAGUGCAGAGAUACUGCUGGAUUCAGGAGUCGCUUCUUUUAUGCAGUCAUGUUUUAGUAUAGAAGAAGAAGAAAUCUAAUUGAAGCGAGUGGGCUUUCCUGAGAAUAAAUUAGCACAAGUGCAGCAUUUUGCACUCCUAGACUAUGGUAGGAGCGUGAUGGAGUGCUUUGGAUGUUUUGCAUGAUUUCUACAGAAUUUCUACAUAGUAAAUGGAGCCAUAAAACCUCAUUUCUCAACUGAUUUCAUCAAUUCUCACACAACUUUACCAUUUCAUCAUUUCAUCAGUCAACAUCAGCAAAAGCUGCCAUUUAGAUGACCUGCAUUGUUUAAAAAAUAUAUAUAUGGUUGUAACUAAAGCAAGGUAAGCUGGAGAAAUAUUGAAAGUAGUGUGUGUCAGGUUUUUAGCUUUCAUUUAUUUUUAUCAGAAAGAUGUGUCAGGUAGUUGAUCAUGCCAUGUUAUUAAUCAUGGCUUUAGAAAAAUGUUUGAAUAAAAAAAUAGCAGCAAUAUGAAACAAACUUUUCAUCACUUACUUGCCAUUGCUCGCCCAAUUUGUAACAUGUAUCUAACUGAUAUUGCAUAUUUAGAGAGAUGAUUCGUGGUGUUCUAUUGAGUAAUGUGGUACAAAAUAAAAGUUCUAAAAACAUAUUUUUAUGACGUCACACUUAAUAUCUCUAUUGCCACUACUCGCUAAUUCUAUACACAUCAGAAGUUUCGAAAAGUUUCGAAACUCAGCAAGGGAAAGUUUGGAAACAAAACAAGGAAAAUUUUGAAACUAGACAACAGAAAAAAAGCUAAUGAAGCUCGUGUGUUCAAGGCAACACCAGGAAUAAUUUCUUGAGUAAGUUGAAAGCGAAAAUAACGAGUGAAGCUAAUUAAGCCAUAUAAAUCAAGUAAUAGGGAAAUUGGAAGAAUUUUCGUCGAUUUUGGAAGGAAUUUUAAGCAAAUAGAAGGAUAUUUUCGGGAAUCCGACCUACUCCUUCAUCGAUCAUGCCAUCACCAUGACAUCCACUUACAUCAUUCACAGCAUCACCCACCAAAGGGCAUUCCCUUCACCAUUGUUUACUCGUUCACACAUCUAUGUCAUGCUGACUUCUUCUCAAUCUAGAUGUAUGUUAUAUGUAUGUUAAUUUCAGUGCCUAAUUCAAGGGACUUUUACAAUACCACUAACUAUGCCUAAAAAUGUUUAGGCCCCUCUAGGAGGGCCCAGUAAAUUUUUAAAACUGAACGCCCUAGAUUGGCUAAAAUUGCAUUUCUGAGACAUAAAAUGAUUAGAAUAUGAUGGGAAAAAAACACCUCAUAGAGGAAUUAAAUUUACAUUUACAUUUUAGAUUUUGUAAUAAACAAAACGCUUAGAGGGACAAUCCUCCCACUAAUUCCUGAUUUCAAGACCACAAUUUGGAUUUUCAAAACCACUAUUAGUGUACAAGACCACACUAAAUUAGGCACUGGUUAAUUUGUAUGUUAGUUCAGUUCAGUUCAGAUCAGAGUUAUAGAGCAACACACUGUCUCUCUCAUUGGCUCCGUGUUCUCUGCACGUUAAAUAAGACUGGAACAAACGUCAACGAUGGAAAGUCAAAGAAAGGAACCACGGCAAUUUUUGCCAAAUAAUAUCGUUCCUAUUCUACUUAUAGACAGAGCUGUUUGGGCUCUGGUACAUAGAGAAGAACAGCUCUAAUUUGCAGUUCCUUACCUAAUGUUAGUUUUGUACUUAAUUUGAACAUCAGGCAACUGUCCAAUACUACAUAGGAUCAUCGAUAACUAAAGUCAUGAUGAUCACAAAAGUAACCGAGGAGUGUUGGUAUCCUGAGUGCAAGAUUGCUAAUAAGGGAUCGGCUUUUCUCUGAAAGAUAUAAGUAGCUUUUUUGUAUAAUAUAUUUGUAGCUGACCCCAAUUAUGUUUGGAAAAACUUUGUUAGAUCUCUGCUGAUAAGAACCUAACUAGGAGACAUUUGAGAACUAUUAUUUGUAAAAAAGUCGAAUGUGAUUGUGCAAAAAAGGCUCCAACUCUCCUGAUUUGUGCUUGAGUGUCCUGAUUUUAGAAUUCUUCUCCCGGUCUCCCGCUUUCAAACCAAACCUCCCGCUUUCAAGAAAUGUUUUUAUAAAUCUGUUAUAAAAUACCAUUUCAAAAAAUUUACACCAAUGUAUGUGAUGUUUGCCAUCUACCCUUCUUUCAGAUCUUUGAAACAUAGCUGGUGAAAUGUACUCUAGCUCUUGAUGCAGACCUUUUCAGUUGCAUGAUCCAGCCAAUCAGAGACUGCCAUUCGUAAUUUUCAUGGCGAUGCGACCUGCUCUAGCUGUGAAGAUUUUAAUUGUUUCAAAGAAACGUAAGAUAGGUAAAGAUGAAGAAGAGGAAAGCACCAAGAAAAUUGAUUGCGAAACAAAGGAGAAAUUCCACGAAAAUAUGAAAAAGGCAUUAAGAAUGGAAAUGCCAGAUGACUUUUUCGAAUUUUAUGAAUUUUGCAAGAGUUUUGGUGCAUCACAUGUCCAUGAUGCGUUAUCGGAACUUUUGGGUUUACAGCUUUGCGGACCAUAUGACUUGUUACAUGAAGAACUAUCUUUAGACACAGGCACAAAAGGACUCGUUCAGGCUGAGAGUAGUGGCAACAUGAAAUACCACCUCAAUUCAAGAUUCUAUUUUGACCCUCCAGAGGUUAUGACAGUCGUUAGAGAAUCUUCUCACCAAACCGGGCUUCAUCUUGGAUAUUUCCGGGACAGUCCUAACGAGCUCCCGUCACUCGUAGUGUCAAAUAGGUCCGAAGAAGACUGCGUUUUUACUCAAUGUGGAGACAACAUUUUCGCAGCAGUAUGUAAUUACGCUGGAGAUUUAUUGAAGAGCACGAAAAACAAGGCAAAAAAAGAAAAAAUUGAAGUGCUUCUUGUAAGCCUGAAAGAAUUUGCUCAAAAGUACAAUCAUUCGUUACAGUUAGUUACAGUAAAGACGCAGAAAAGAAGUAAAAUGGUUGUGGCGAAGACCUUUCAUAAGAUGGGCCUGGUCGUGCCACUUGAUGGCAGCGGAGUGGGCUAUAGGCCCUUGAAUCUCGCUGACAAUGCCCUCAGAAAAGUUUUGACAAAGAUCUGCAAAGCCAAAAAUGAAGACGAGAAGAACAAAUGUUACGACGAUCUUCAUGAGCUGAUCACUUUUGUUCAGUUUGCGAAUGACGAAUGCGAUUACGGCAUGGGACUGGAACUGGGCAUCGAUUUGUUUUGCUUUGGAAAUGAAGCCUUUAAGCAGCAAGUCCUUCAGCUACUUCCGCUUGCGUACUCCCUUCUUGGAAGAGAGCUUUACGCUGAAAUUAUCGAAAAACAUAUGCAGAACAGAGAAAAGCCUUUCGUCGAUCAGGUCAUCGAAGAGACAUAGAGCAAGUUACAGAUUGCGCGGUCGCUGAAGAUGCUGAACAGGCUGUCGAAGAUAAUGCAGUUGACAUUAACAAAAAAUGGGCAAGUAUGAAUGGUAGGAGGAACUCAAAUAAGUGUGGUAGACAGCUAUAAUUCCAAGGAAACACGUCCGAAGGCGACUGGCUACACCAACCCGACUACAAAAGACUUCAAACGGAAAGCAAGAUAGCCGAUCACGUGACUGGAUGUCUCUGAAUUAUCCUUGCUACUGUCCACAUGACUGGAGCCAAUGUGAUCCGAUUGGCCUGGACUAAGUUGCCCUGACUAAAUUAAAGGUAACCGUGACUUGUUGUAAGCUUUUUAAAAUCAUUGGUAUCCGUUGGUUCAUGAAAACAAAAGUUUCAAUGAAAAGUUUGUUAUUCCAUGCACUAUUCGCUUCACAGUGGAACUUGUUUCUGCCUAGUAAUUCAUUAUGUCAUAUAAUAAAAAAUUUUUCUCAAGUUUAAUAUUGCUUGAAAGCCUUCCGUUACCUUCAAAGUUUUUCCAAAUUAAUUGAAUCAACUCGCUAUGACGGUUAAUUGAUUGUACAGUGUUUGAAGGUAAAGCUUUUAUUGCUUCAAAUAUUAAAGGGAAAUACAUUGCUGUCCUCAUCUCAUUAUAUGUAUAUCCUCUAAUCAUCCAUAAAUUGCCAUUUUCAAAAUGUUUAUACUGAAAACUGCCUUAGAAUGGACUAAGAAAAUGUUCAACCAUCAGGCUGGUUUGUUCUUGGUCUGACAAAUCUCAAUAGACUUUUCAUAUGUUCUGGGUUAAUUUUGGAAGUAAGCUAAUCGCUUGCUGUAAAAACAGAGCAGGUUUGUCGUGGGUUGGGUACCAGUUGGUUAGAAAUGGCGCCGUGAAAUUUUCGGUCCCCUUUCCGUCUAUUGACUUGUAGACGAUUGUGGGAAUGAGAACGGUUGAUCUUGGCUCAAGUGGAAACGACGAUUGAUAUAUCAAGCAAGUGGCCGAGAUUGUGGUCGAGUCAUGAUUUUCUCGCCUUUUCACCUCAAGGGACUACUGUUCAACACUGCUAGCUGUACAGUAGACAGGCCUGCCUCCAGUCUAGUUUCGUUUUCAAAAAAACCAAUAAAUGCCCAUGUGAUGAUGUCUGAAUAUGUUUUCAGCUGAGGUUUUGCCCAUUUCCUUGGGAAAAUCUUCCUUCGGAGUGUCUUCUCUUAUCCUUUCUUUGUGCACACGUACUACUGUUAUUGCAAGAUUCUUAGAUUUCACCGCAGCUUGUUUGAUUUUCCUGCUGUCACACCUUCUGUUGACAAAGUACCUCUUUUUCACCAUAAUUGGAAUAGUUUGGCACAAAAACUUUGCCGUUCAUUGGAUUCUUCCUAUUUUUUCCAUUCAUACAGUUGGUUGGUUUCGAAUAAAUGCAAGCUUUCAUUACAAAAGAAAAAAUAUUCAACUAAGAAUAUUAAUUGGAUAAGGAUAUGAGAUGAGCCAUGGCUAUUUGGAAAAGCCUCGCCAUCUAAUGAGUUCUCCGAGACCAACCUUGCUCAAGUAAAAGCAAUGAAUGUGUCUUAUGGUGUCAUACUGACAACGUUUGCCAGCCCAUAUCUGACUGGUACUUAAC